ACAUCACAUCACCACCUCAUCACCCCCAACCCUUCUACACAACCCAUCUUUUCCAUCAUCUCAUCCCUCCCCAGUGUUCCUCCCCUAGUUACACCCUGUUUUUAUUGCUCCUUUGGGAUUGUUUCCAGUGCUCUGGUCUCCAAUUCUCUCCCCCUUCUUCUGUUUCCGGUACCCGCGGUCCUCGUUGCUUAGCUGAGCUCGCACUUGGGGAACAAGAAAUAAAGAAGACUCCUUCAAUACAUCUAAUCGGAAAUAUGCCGGCCGAGAGGCGUUCUUUGAGAUCGAACAGCAAGUCAGAUACCUCUUCGUCUGCUAACGGUGACAAGGGUCGCUCUACCUCGCAGAGCUCAAGCUCCAACAAGGACAAGCCCGCGCUUACCCGCGCCGCUGCCAACAAGGCCAAGUCAUCCAAAGCUGCUUCAUCGAACAACAGCGCGUCCAACUCCGGGAUGGGCGAACAACGAGAACAGCCGCAAACCAACGGCUCCGAUCCGACGAAGAAUGGCGUGAAUGGCGUCGAGGACGUGGAGAUGGGAGAGGAUACGGCAGUGCCCCCCACCAAGGGUUCGAGGCUAUCCGGCGAUAAAGGCCAGGACCAGGAAGGUGAUGUCGCGAUGGAGGGUGCCGAGGGCGAUGAGUCCCAGAAUCCCGAAUCCGAGGUUGACCCCAAGACCAAGGCUAUCCAAGAUAUCAAGACCAACUUCUCACUCCUCGAGCGUGCCGUCGCCCAUUUCGAUCCUCGAUUUACCCUGCGUGUCCUACGAUCGAUAUCUUCCAUGCGCAAGCACAUCACUUCCGAUGUGCUGGCGGAAAUCAUAGUCGAGACCUAUCCCUCCUCCAACUCCACAGCGUCCUUCUUGCUCGAGGCGAUUGACCAAGCGGGUGCUUUUGGAUCGUCGGAUAGCUCCAAGAUGGCGGUCGAUUUGGAGAAAACCAAGUCGACUCCCAAAGAGAUCUUGCCCGAGAUCGAUACCUAUCUAUCUAUACUCGUCCAGAUCUACUUUUACGAUCGGAAGGAGAUUCAGAAGGGCGCCCAGUUCUCCACGAACCUGAUCGAGCGUCUGCGGACCAUCAACCGCCGCACUCUCGACUCGCUGGCCGCUCGCGUGUACUUUUACUACUCUCUCUUCUUUGAGCAGAUUGCACCUCUCCCCCCAUCUCCUGCCGCUACGGUCACCUCGAUCCGCCAGCCGCUGCUUGGGGCUCUGAGGACAGCCGUGCUUCGCAAGGAUGUCGACACCCAGGCUACUGUGAUGACAUUGCUGCUGCGUAACUACCUGUCUACAUCUCACAUCUCGCAGGCAGACUUGCUCAUCUCUCACAACCGCUUCCCCACCGCUGCAUCCAACAACCAGAUUGCCCGGUACCUGUACUAUCUGGGUCGCAUCCGUGCCAUCCAGCUGCAGUAUACCGAUGCUCACGGACACUUGAUCGGUGCUACUCGGAAGUCGCCGUCGAGUCACGUUGCGCGUGGCUUCUACCAAGCUUCUCACAAGUUGCUGGUGGUGGUUGAGCUUCUCAUGGGAGACAUUCCCGACCGAGCCAUUUUCCGCCAGGCCGCCCUCGAGCGCGCCAUGCACCCCUACUUUCUACUGGUGCAGGCCGUCAGCGUGGGUGACCUGGAUGGGUUCUUGAACAUCGUCAACACACACAGCGCGACGUUCCGGAAAGAUGGCACCUACACGCUCAUCCUGCGUCUGCGACAGAAUGUGAUCAAGACCGGUAUCCGUAUGAUGUCGCUGUCGUACUCUCGCAUUUCCCUACGAGACAUCUGUCUUCGACUGGGACUGGACAGUGAAGAGUCGGCAGAGUACAUUGUCGCCAAAGCCAUCCGAGACGGUGUCAUCGAGGCCAGUCUGGACCACGAGCGAGGGUUCAUGAAGAGCAAGGAAGUCGGUGAUAUCUACGCCACUCGGGAGCCUGGCGAGGUAUUCCACGAGCGUAUCAAAGCCUGCUUGGCUCUCCACGAUGAAAGUGUCAAGGCCAUGAGAUUCCCCAUGAACCAGCACCGUCUCGAGUUGAAGAGCGCACAGGAGGCCCGGGAACGGGAGCGGGAGUUGGCGAAGGAGAUCCAGGAAGGAGACAUGGAUGACGAGGAUGCUGGGGGUGAUCUCGAUGCCAUCUAA